AUUCUAUAGUGAUGAAUAACUGAUAGAUAUUCCAUUUUUCUACCUUAAGUUAUAUCUUUGAUUGUUUCUCAUUUUAUGAUCUAUCUUUUUAGAUAGGACUCAAUAAUCAGCCUAUGAAGAUGAUCAUCACUUCUUCCUCUAAACUUUUCUUCUUUUCAUCAUUCCUUGCACUUUGCUUCAUGCUAUGUCCUACAGAAGCUGCUUCUCGGCUGCCAGACACAGAAGUGGAAGCUCUGAAGCAAAUAAAAAAAACGCUCGGUUGGGACUUGAAGAACAUAGAUCCAUGCAGUGGAGGGGGGAUUAUUUCAACCCCAAUUCGCUCAACAUCAGAAAUAAUUAAUGUUUCAUGUGAUUGCUCCAUUGCUAAUGACAACUUCUGCCAUAUCAUUACCAUAAUUCUGAGUGCACAAGAUCUUCAAGGAAAGCUCCCUCCAGAACUUGUCAAGCUGCCAUACCUUCAAGAGAUUAACCUUACCCGCAAUUACCUUAGCGGUACAAUUCCUAGAGAAUGGGGUACAAUGAACCUUACCAAAAUUGCACUUGUUGCAAACGGACUGAGUGGUGAAAUCCCUAAGGAGCUAGCAAACAUCACCACUCUCAAAACUUUGUCCUUAGAGUUCAAUAAUUUCUAUGGGAAUCUUUCAGUUCUUGGAUCUCUUCCACACCUUGAAAUACUGGAUCUUACCUCUAAUAAUUUCACUGGAGAACUGCCUGAAACAUUUUCAAAUCUAAUCACAUUAAAGGAACUCCGUCUUGGUGAUAAUCAAUUCUCAGGAAAAAUACCUAAUUUCAUACAAAAAUGGACAGGACUUGAAGAUCUAGAAAUACAGGGGAGUGGUUUUACUGGGCCAAUUCCAUCUGAAAUUUCAUAUUUACUUAACUUAGAAAACUUGAGGAUUAGUGACCUGAAUGGACCUCAGUCUAAAUUCCCACCUCUCGAUAAUAUGACAAACUUGGGAGUAUUGAUAUUAAGGAGUUGCAACAUUAAUGACACAAUCCCUAACUAUCUUGGAAAAUUUACAAAUUUGAAAACAUUAGACCUCAGCUAUAACAAAUUAGGAGGAGAAAUUCCAAAGCCUCUUACAUCGCUAUCAAGUAUAAAGUACAUAUAUUUAACUGGAAACAUUCUCACCGGACAAGUGCCCGCCGAUUGGACUGCAUCCGUAGAUCUUUCAUAUAACAACUUCAGCAACUCCCCACAAACAGUGACAUGUCAAACGUCAAACAUGAACUUGUUUGCGAGUUUUGCAAAAGGCAACAACACAGGACCUCUUUCUUGUGGGCAAAGCAAAGAAAAAUGCCCAAAAUACUAUUAUUCCUUCCAUAUAAAUUGUGGUGGAGAUAGUAAUGUACAGAAAGGAAGGAUAAUAUAUGAGAGGGAUUCAUAUGAGGGAGUAGCAUUUAAGAAAAGUACAGUUGAAUCAAAUUGGGCAAUUAGUACAACUGGUGGUGAUUUCAUGGAUAAUGUUCAUCCGUACGACCUUAUCCUAGAAAAUGAAACCAAACUUGACAUAGUUGAUGAUGCUGAUCUUUAUACAAAGGCACGUGGUUCUCCCAUUUCUUUGACUUACUAUGGCUUUUGCCUGGCAAAUGGAAACUACACCGUCAAUCUCCACUUUGCAGAGAUCGUUUUUAUCAAUGGCACCACAUAUAAGAGCCUAGGAAGGCGUAUAUUUGAUGUAUACAUUCAGGGAGAGCGUGUUCUAAAGGAUUUCAAUAUUGCAAAAGAAGCAAAAGGAAUCGGAAAGGCAAAUAUUCAAAAUUUGAGUGCUUACGUGAGCAACAAUGAGUUAGAGAUCCGGUUAUAUUGGGCAGGGAAAGGUACUACUGGUGUUCCAUAUAGAUCACAAUAUGGCCCUCUUAUAUCAGCAAUUUCUGUCACUUCUGACUCAACACCUAAGCACAAUCACAUAUCUACAAGGCUAAUGGCUGGAAUUGUUGCUCCAACAGUCAUAGUUAUCAUCCUAAUUAUUUGUCUACUUUGGUGGAAAGGUUGUCUAAGAAAGAAAACAUCAUUAGAAAAAGAGCUAAGAAAUUUAGAUUUACAAACUGGUCUAUUUUCCUUGCAUCAAAUUAAGGCAGCAACAAACAACUUUAAUAUCUCCAAUAAAAUUGGUGAAGGAGGCUUUGGCCCUGUUUAUAAGGGUAUUUUACCAAAUGGCACUAUAAUAGCAGUCAAACAACUUUCAUCUAAAUCAAAGCAAGGAAACCGUGAGUUCAUCAAUGAGAUAGCAAUGAUCUCAGCAUUACAACACCCUUGUCUUGUUAAACUUUAUGGAUGCUGUGUUGAGGGAGAUCAAUUAUUGUUGAUAUAUGAAUAUAUGGAAAACAAUAGCCUUGCAUAUGCAUUAUUCGGGAACAAAGAGAAUCAAUUAAAAUUGAAUUGGCCAACGAGACAGAAGAUUUGUGUUGGUAUUGCUAGAGGUUUGGCUUUUCUCCAUGAGGAAUCAAGAUUGAAAAUUGUUCAUAGGGAUAUUAAGGCAACUAAUGUGUUGCUCGACAAAAAUUUAAAUCCAAAAAUAUCUGAUUUUGGUUUAGCCAAACUCCAUGAAGAGGAUGCUACUCACAUUAGUACUCGAAUAGCUGGGACAUAUGGAUACAUGGCACCUGAAUAUGCAAUGAAUGGUUAUUUGACUGACAAAGCAGAUGUUUAUAGUUUUGGAAUUGUUGUCUUGGAACUUGUUAGUGGAAAGGCUAAUACCAUUCAUCGAUCAAAGGAGGAAGUGUUAUAUCUUCUUGAUUGGGCACAUUUGUUGAAAGAGAAAGGCAUGCUCAUGGAGCUAGUUGAUCGAAGGUUAGGUUCAGAUUUUAAUGAAGAGGAAGUAAUGGUGAUGAUCCAAGUAGCUCUGUUAUGCACCAAUGCGACUGCAAAUCUUAGGCCUUCCAUGUCUUCAGUUCUAAGCAUGCUUGAAGGCAAAACCAUUGUUCCAGAAUUCGUUUCAGAUCAAAGUGAAUUAAUGGAUGAGAUGAAGUUAGAGGCAAUGCGACAAUAUUACUAUCAAAAGGAAGAAAAUAAAAUAAAUGAGGCCAACAAUAAUGUGUCACAUAAUGUUGUUGAAGAACAAUGGAUUGCUUCAUCUUCGUCUGACCUCUAUCCUAUGCACAUUGAUUCUUCAUCAUAUUAUUGGGAGCAAAGAAACUAGUUAAUAGAGUGUGUGUAACUUCCAUUACUAUUCCGUAGAGAUUUUACCAAACGAACUUAACCUUAUACAAGACAAUUUAUGGUGCUUUUCACACCCAAAAAAAAGAUAGUAACAUGUAUUAUGUUAAUUAGUUUAAUUAAUUUUGUCAAUUAUUUAAUGAUUUUUAAUUAUCGUUUUCACAUAAAGAUAGAUUGACAACUUCAUUAAAUAGUCUACAAUUUUAUUGCGAGGACAAAGACUUUUUUUUUUUAAUUUUUGGUUUGGGACA